AUGCUGACAUUGGACACAGGUGCAUCACAUUCCAUCAUUAAGGCGGGGUUGGUUAAGAAGGAGGUUAAGCCACUUAUUGGUGCAAAGCUGCGCACCGCAACUGGUGAAGAAGCACUAUUAAUAGGUGAGUUAACUUGUGAUGUAACUAUUGGGAAUGUGAAAGUUUCGCAUGUUUUCAUUGUGGCGGAUAUUGCUGAUGAAGUUAUAAUUGGAGUAGAUUUCUUAACCGACCAUGGCAUAAGUAUCGAUUUAAGAAGUAUGACAAUGACAAUUAACAACAUGGAAGUAAGGCUAAAUUCUGGUUACGAUGAGUCGCACAGAGUUCGAGAAGCACUUUUGGUGGAUAGUCAACAAAUUCCACCAAUGUCUGAAGCAGUUAUUUGGGCAAAAAUUAAUGCAGAUUGGGGGGUAAACCAGUUGUGGUUAAUCGAAGCGGCAGAAAAUUCGACACCGGACGUGUUGAUUGCAAAAACUCUAGCAAAAUCGAAUCCAGAUGGACGUAUUCCAGUAAGAGUCCUUAAUGAAUUUAAAUCCCCGAUAAAACUCUUUAAAGGCGCUCUGUUGGCGGAAUGCCAUGAAGUAGAGGCUAUAAUUAAUUGCGAGGCGGUUCCUGAAAAUCAGCGUGUUGAUGUAAGCAAAAUGCAUAAGGAGAUAGACGAUUGGACAAAAGGGUUGGAGCCGCUGGAAGCUGAAAAAGCAAAACAAUUGCUACGCAAAUAUUGUGGUAUAUUUGAUAAGAAUGGAUCCAAACCAGGCAGAACCAACAUCGUAAAACAUCGGAUUUAUACAGGUGAUGCAAUGCCAAUUCGACAGCCUCCACGAAGCUUGCCAUUAGCCAAACGUGAAGUUGUUAGCCAAAUAAUUCAUGAUAUGAGUGAGAGCGGUGUGAUCGAACCUUCAGCUAGUCCAUGGUGCUCACCGGUAGUACUCGUCAAGAAGAAGGAAAGAUGCGGUUCUGCGUUGAUUAUCGUAAAUUUAACGAUGUAA